ACUGGUUUCAAACUCGUAGUUUUGCUCUUCAACCCUUCGACCACAAUGCAAUCGCCUGCUUCCCAGACUUGAUGCCUUCCCUCUGGUCAAUCCUUUGUGCUGCAAGAACAUUUUGUCUCAUUCUACGUUUCCUUCCUAAUAAAUGAUCCACAUUUGAGUCAGUUCCCAACUUUGCAAUAAAUGUCUGUGUGGGCUCAUAGUUUGUCUUCAGAAUUUUGGUUUGGAACGAUCUUAAUGUGCAAAAUAAAAGUUUUAUCGUGGUGUUUGCAAUAAAAUAAAAGUUAAAGUCAUUGUAGGGUUACCAUGCUCUUCAGUGGGAGAGGUGGUUAGGUGUUCAGUGUUCAGAGCGGGUAAAUCACCUAACAAACAUGGGUUGCAGAUGGGUUGUGGUGUGAGUCGAAGGGUUAACAACCCCAUGUGAGCAUCAGUCUAAAUUAUGAUGGGAAAGUGUCAGGGUUAGCUUAGUUGUAGUUCACCUGCUCAUGCACUGUGUUCUGCCAUGUUGAGCACAGUAGCUGAUGACAGUCUACUUGUAGACGGAUGUUUUGAUGCCAAGGCAGGCAGGGGAGAGCGAUCUGCUCGUCAAAUAGUCAGCCAGGGUUAGUAGAGUUAAGUAAAGUCAUUAAAAAAAUCAGAUUGCCUUUGUCUGGGCUCUAAUUUGUGGGUUUUGCUAACUUGCCGCCACUGUUGGCUUGUGAAUGCAAAGUCCUUGUCAGCAUAAACUACAGGACAAGUUAUUAAGUAUGGCCAGCUUUUUUCAAAUCUGAGGAUCUUCAUUUCUAGGCACACUGAGGUUUAGUUAUGCAGUUUAGAUUUCAAAAUUGUGCCUGGAAAUUACACUAAGUGUAGUUGGGAUAUAUUUUAUGUAAAGCUAUAAGUGGCAUUUACUAGAUUGUCUUUCUUUAUAUUUUUAUUGCAUCUUCACUUCCCCUGACAACGUGAGUGUAAAUGGCCUCAGGCUCGGAGUAGGUAGGGCUUAUCUGAAGCCUGCAUGUAGAGAGAGCUCUUUGUACAAAGUUGUUGUGUAAAUAUAUUUUUAUUUUACAACUCUCUCUGUAAAAUAGAAAUAUGUUAUCAAGAAAACUGUGUACCACAAUACCACAGGCCCAUACUAACUGUCCUUAAUUUCUCUCCUACAGCAGUACUGCUUUGCCAGUCCUGUACUGCACUCUGUUAAGGGUGCAGCAACUCAUCCUGUGUAGGUUAUGGGGAACACAGAAGUGUGCGCUUGUCAGUUUGGUCAGGGUCCACUGGCUGCUUGUUUGGGGCCUGUGAGGGGAAUCAGAUGCAGCCCAGCCCAAGAGCCUCUUAAGUCUUUUUAAUUUGGCUUAUCGGUUUUUAACAAAUGUAGAUAACAUUUCCCAUGCAUUCAUGAUGGAAAAUUCCUGCCCAAAUAUUUGAUUACAUAUCUUUAUUUUAUCAGUGACCUAUGUCCUGAAAGGGAAGUUAAGAUCUAAAUAUAUGGUAAUUAAAUCAUAACCAGUGCUGUUAGUCAGUGCGGCUCUGACAGAUGGGCUUUCUAUUUGAAUGCAAAAGUACAUAGUCAUGUUUUUGAUUGUACUGUGGUAAUGUCAUUCUUAAAUGUAGCCUCAAAAUCUUGACUUCAUUGUUACUUGUUACUAUAAAUAAUGGGGAAUCUGGACCACAGGGUCUCACAUGAAUUCUUUCUAGUUUUGUGGUUAUGCCCCAAGAAGAUACUUUGUUUUUUGAGUGCCGUAAAUCAAUGCAACACAGGUGGUAUACUGUUGUGUGUGAGUUCAAACCCUUUUCCAAAGUGUUACUAAUGGUAAAGAGAAAUUUUCUAGGCUUCUUUUCUGCCGGUUGAAGUCUGACUGCAGAAGGACCCUUGGCACUGAAAGUGAGGUAAAACGCCGGACCCCAAGAUGCAGGUCAGGUCAUACGUGGACGUCAUGUUGGAGCAGAACCUGUCCAAAGAGGAGCGAGAGAUUCGUCAGCAGCUGGCAGAGAAGGCCAAGUCAGGGGACCUGAAAGUUGUCAAUGGGUCCGCUGCCACUCAAGCUGUCGCAAAACGCAAGCGCCGCUGGGACCAAACAGCUGACCAAACCCCCUCUAAUGCUACACCCAAAAAGAUGUCCAGCUGGGACCAGGCUGAUGCCAGUGCUGAGACUCCAGGACACACCCCUGCACACACACCCUCAAACAGCCGAUGGGAUGAAACCCCAGGCCGCCCUAAAGGCAGUGAGACCCCAGGGGCCACUCCCAGUACCCGCAUGUGGGAGCCCACUCCCAGCCACACACCUGCUGGUGCCGCCACCCCUGGCAGGGACACACCUGGCCACGCCACACCUGGCCAUGGUGGAGCCACAGGUAGUGUGCGCAAGAACCGCUGGGAUGAAACCCCAAAGACAGACAGAGAGACCCCAGGACACGGGAGCGGCUGGGCUGAAACCCCACGCACAGACAGAGGAGACGAGUCUGUGGGCGAGACUCCAACCCCUGGGGCCAGCAAGAGGAAAUCUCGGUGGGAUGAAACUCCUGCCAGUCAGAUGGGAUCCUCAACACCACUACUUACCCCAGGAAAAACACCCAUAGGAACACCAGCCAUGAAUAUGGCUACCCCAACACCAGGUCACCUGAUGAGCAUGACUCCAGAGCAGCUGCAGGCGUGGAGGUGGGAACGGGAAAUUGAUGAGAGGAACCGGCCUCUCACCGAUGAGGAGCUUGAUGCCAUGUUCCCAGAGGGAUACAAGGUCUUGCCUCCACCAGCAGGCUACGUGCCAAUCCGUACUCCGGCCCGUAAGCUGUCGGCCACACCCACUCCCAUUGGGGGCAUGACAGGCUUCCACAUGCAGGCCGAGGACCGUACCACAAAACAGAUGAACGACCAGCCCUCUGGAAACCUCCCCUUCCUCAAACCCGAUGAUAUCCAGUACUUUGACAAGCUGCUGGUGGAGGUGGAUGAGUCCACCCUGAGCCCUGAGGAGCAGAAAGAAAGGAAGAUCAUGAAGUUGCUGCUAAAGAUUAAAAAUGGAACACCACCCAUGAGGAAGGCUGCUCUGCGUCAGAUCACAGAUAAGGCUCGUGAGUUUGGAGCGGGCCCCCUGUUCAACCAGAUCCUGCCACUGCUCAUGUCGCCCACCCUAGAGGACCAGGAGCGCCACCUACUGGUUAAAGUGAUUGACCGCAUUCUCUACAAACUGGAUGACCUGGUUCGGCCAUAUGUACACAAGAUUCUGGUGGUUAUUGAGCCUCUACUGAUUGAUGAGGACUACUAUGCCAGAGUAGAAGGCAGAGAAAUCAUCUCUAACUUGGCAAAGGCUGCUGGUCUGGCUACAAUGAUCUCCACAAUGCGACCUGACAUUGACAACAUGGACGAGUACGUCAGAAACACCACAGCCCGAGCCUUUGCCGUGGUGGCCUCGGCCUUGGGUAUUCCCUCUCUCCUGCCAUUCCUCAAAGCCGUCUGUAAAAGCAAGAAGUCCUGGCAGGCGCGCCACACAGGCAUCAAGAUCGUGCAGCAGAUCGCCAUCCUCAUGGGCUGCGCCAUCCUGCCUCACCUCCGCAGCCUGGUGGAGAUUAUCGAACAUGGUCUGGUGGAUGAGCAGCAGAAGGUGAGGACCAUCAGUGCCCUGGCUAUAGCUGCUCUUGCUGAAGCUGCUACACCCUACGGUAUCGAGUCCUUUGACUCUGUGCUCAAGCCACUCUGGAAGGGUAUCAGACAGCACAGAGGAAAGGGUCUGGCUGCUUUCCUCAAAGCUAUCGGUUACCUGAUCCCCCUGAUGGAUGCCGAGUAUGCAAACUACUACACCCGAGAGGUGAUGCUGAUCCUCAUCAGAGAGUUCCAGUCCCCAGAUGAGGAGAUGAAGAAGAUUGUACUCAAGGUGGUGAAGCAGUGUUGUGGCACUGAUGGUGUGGAAGCUAACUACAUUAAGACUGAGAUCCUGCCCCCCUUCUUCAAGCACUUCUGGCAGCACAGGAUGGCUCUGGACAGGCGCAACUACAGACAGUUGGUGGACACCACAGUGGAGUUGGCCAACAAGGUGGGAGCAGCAGAGAUCAUUUCUCGCAUUGUUGAUGACCUGAAAGACGAGGCAGAGCAGUACAGAAAGAUGGUGAUGGAGACCAUCGAGAAGAUUAUGGGCAACCUGGGCGCAGCGGACAUCGACCACAAGCUGGAGGAGCAGCUGAUCGAUGGCAUCCUGUAUGCCUUCCAGGAACAGACAACAGAGGACUCUGUGAUGCUGAAUGGUUUCGGCACAGUGGUGAACGCCCUUGGGAAGCGUGUGAAACCCUACCUGCCUCAGAUCUGCGGUACAGUGUUGUGGCGUCUGAACAACAAGUCAGCCAAAGUCCGUCAGCAGGCUGCUGACCUGAUUUCCCGGACUGCUGUGGUCAUGAAGACCUGCCAGGAGGAGAAGCUGAUGGGUCACUUGGGUGUGGUGCUGUAUGAGUACCUGGGAGAGGAGUACCCUGAGGUGCUGGGGAGCAUUCUGGGAGCACUGAAGGCCAUUGUUAAUGUCAUUGGUAUGCACAAGAUGACCCCACCAAUCAAAGACCUGCUUCCCCGUUUGACUCCCAUUCUGAAGAACAGACAUGAGAAGGUGCAGGAGAACUGUAUCGACCUGGUGGGCAGGAUUGCUGACAGGGGUGCUGAAUAUGUGUCGGCCAGGGAGUGGAUGAGGAUUUGUUUCGAGCUGCUGGAGCUGCUCAAGGCUCACAAAAAGGCCAUCCGCAGAGCCACUGUCAACACAUUUGGUUAUAUUGCCAAAGCCAUCGGCCCCCAUGAUGUGUUGGCCACUCUGCUCAACAACCUGAAGGUGCAGGAGCGUCAGAACAGAGUCUGCACGACCGUGGCCAUCGCCAUCGUCGCCGAGACCUGUUCACCGUUCACAGUGCUGCCGGCGCUCAUGAAUGAGUACCGUGUGCCUGAGCUCAACGUGCAGAACGGCGUGCUCAAGUCCCUGUCCUUCCUGUUCGAGUACAUCGGAGAGAUGGGCAAGGACUACAUCUACGCUGUGACGCCACUGCUGGAGGACGCACUCAUGGACAGAGACCUGGUCCACAGACAGACAGCCAGUGCAGUAGUGCAGCACAUGUCUCUGGGCGUCUAUGGGUUCGGCUGUGAGGACUCCCUCAACCACUUACUCAACUACGUGUGGCCCAACGUGUUUGAGACGUCGCCCCAUGUGAUCCAGGCUGUGAUGGGUGCCCUGGAGGGGCUGCGGGUGGCCAUCGGGCCUUGCCGCAUGCUGCAGUACUGCUUACAGGGUUUGUUCCACCCGGCCAGGAAGGUGAGAGACGUCUACUGGAAGAUCUACAACUCCAUCUACAUCGGCUCACAAGAUGCCCUCAUCGCACACUAUCCACAGGUCUACAACGACGAGAAGAACGUCUUUGUCCGCUAUGAGCUGGAGUAUGUCUUGUAAAUAUGAAUCUCUGUGCUCUUUGUUUUUGUCCUCCCUUGAGUCUGUGCAGGGCUGAGUCUGGUUUUGUUUAGCAGCUGUGUGUUGGCUUCUCCCAGGGCUCAACAGUCCACCUUCUGAAUGCCAGCUGUUGAUCCUGAACAGAAAACAAGCUUGAAAUUAGAAAAAUAAAGAAGGAGCUUUGUAGAGUCUGUACGUUUUUAUUUUUUUAUUUUCUGCCUUUUUCGGGUGUUCCCUGUAAGGAGUGGUUGAGGUCAGAUGAGCCUUGGUAGAGGAAUGCAGAGCAAUGAUCACAUUUCAAAUGUAUUGAUAGGUUUCUGUAGCGCCUGUGUACACCCUCCAUGUUUCACACCUCCUCUGUUCUUAUUCAAUUAUUACUUUAUUUAACCCAAUAAAAUGUUUGUGUAUAAAAAUCCA